GCGGGGGGGGGAAGAGGAGAGGACACGGAGAAAAGAAGUAGCUUUAAUUAAAACACCAAAGUGACUUUUCCAAACAACCUUUUGGAGUAAUUUCAAGCGUUUUAACAUUUUCAAACUCACUUGCAAAUGUUCUGAUAGCAGAUAGUGUCACAUGGAGGCUAUUGUAAAGAACGUGGAGCGGACCACGGAGCUACUCGCUGUGUCGCAGACAGAGACGGUGCAGCAGUGGGACAAACAGACCCUGGACAGAGCCUUCCAAUGGACUCAGUACUGCCAACACGUCUACACAAGGUUCCAUGCAAAUCCGACCGUCAGGGACAUCUUGGAAAAACAACUACAGGUGACAAACGAACAUUUACGAACAACUUUUCAUGGGUAUACGGACAUCACGUUUUCUGACCUGUCGCAGUGUCAACACUUGCUGCUCGUGGGGUUACUAAACAACGCCGCUGUUCCGAGCUCAGUCGUCAAACUACUUUUCGACACUAUAACUGUUGGAGGUAAAUAUAAGGACGCCACCGGUCAUUGCACUGAACUCGUAGAAGUGAAAUCAGCAUGUAAAGUCUUAAGCGCCAUUCAUUUGAAACGCAGUACGUCCUUUCCCGGUCCCGAUGCUGACGUGUUAGGCAUGACACUGAUGGAGAUGUUGGAUAUUCUGCUCUCUCCAGCUACUGGCGGGUCCAAGGUGGGCCUCGCAGAGAAGUUAUUGGACAACAUCUUACAAACCUGUGGUGAAAAUGAAAACUUCUCAGGGGUCGUUGCUGCUGCUCUCCUGUCAAGGAAAAACGACACAACGGCAACAACAAAAAUGGCUUCAGAAGGAGUUUCAUUCCACUUUAUCCUGGAUUGGCUGCAGCAACACCACAGUUUACUCCAUAAUAUGUGUUCCACGUUGCCUAUUGGUCUUUUGAUGGACCUCUACCAGCAGUCUGUGAGGUUUAGAGUGACCUACGGUGACAUGUUGAAGCAAUGGGGUUCACAGUUGGAGUAUGACGUGGGAGAAGGAGAGUGGGUUCAAAUCUAUACCACCAACGGGGUGUCGUUCAAGACACUGUCUGACCAUUAUAGGUCGUUGCUAGGGGCUUGUCCGUCAACAAAGGAGGACGUUGAGAGAGAGCUGACAGAACUGAAGGUUGCCGAUGGGGACUUUGAUGUUAGAGGUCUGAGUGUUUGGGGUGACCUCCUCUCUGAGCUGAACAAGGUCUGAGUGUUUGGGGUGACCACCUCUCUGAGCUGAACAAGGUCUGAGUGUUUGGGGUGACCUCCUCUCUGAGCUGAACAAGGUCUGAGUGUUUGGGGUGACCACCUCUCUGAGCUGAACAAGGUCUGAGUGUUUGGGGUGACCUCCUCUUUGAGCUGAACAAGGUCUGAGUGUUUGGGGUGACCUCUUCUCUGAGCUGAACAAGGUCUGAGUGUUUGGGGUGACCUCCUCUUUGAGCUGAACAAGGUCUGAGUGUUUGGGGUGACCACCUCUCUGAGCUGAACAAGGUCUGAGUGUUUGGGGUGACCUCUUCUCUGAGCUGAACAAGGUCUGAGUGUUUGGGGUGACCUCCUCUCUGAGCUGAACAAGGUCUGAGUGUUUGGGGUGACCUCCUCUCUGAGCUGAACAAGGUCUGAGUGUUUGGGGUGACCUCCUCUCUGAGCUGAACAAGGUCUGAGUGUUUGGGGUGACCACCUCUCUGAGCUGAACAAGGUCUGAGUGUUAGGGGUGACCUCCUCUCUGAGCUGAACAAGGUCUGAGUGUUUGGGGUGACCUCCUCUCUGAGCUGAACAAGGUCUGAGUGUUUGGGGUGACCUCCUCUCUGAGCUGAACAAGGUCUGAGUGUUUGGGGUGACCUCCUCUCUGAGCUGAACAAGGUCUGAGUGUUUGGGGUGACCUCCUCUCUGAGCUGAACAAGGUCUGAGUGUUUGGGGUGACCUCCUCUCUGAGCUGAACAAGGUCUGAGUGUUUGGGGUGACCUCCUCUCUGAGCUGAACAAGGUCUGAGUGUUUGGGGUGACCUCCUCUCUGA